AUUCUUUACCGUCUUCCCGAGGAUCACAAGUUGCAGGUCUCAGCGAUUUGGAAGAUUAUAUCCAUCACACUCACAGUAUAACUUUGAUCAAGUAGUAUCGUACUGACGACGAGCAAGAGAUGAAACCCUGAGAACCCCCCACGACCGUUCAAAGUCUUUGUGGUCUUCACGGCGAGUAGAUUCCAGUACUACUCUAGGAAGAAAAGAGACCAUCGGACGACCACCGACCGAGACCAUGGGGAUCGAGUCGGAGUGUUUGCUCGAGCCCGUCAACGUGUUUGACUGGUACAAGAAGCACGAAGCGGAGUUCGCACCUCCGAUUUGCAAUCGGCUGAUGCACAAGAACCAGAUGACGGUAAUGUUUGUCGGUGGGCCCAACAAGCGCAGGGACUUCCACCUCGACCGGGGCAGUGAGUUCUUUUACCAGUUGAAGGGCAACAUGAAGCUGCCAAUCAUACUGCCGAACAAGCAGUUGGAGAUCGUGGAGAUUAACGAAGGGCAGGUGUUUCUGCUCCCCUCCUGCAUCCCCCACAGCCCGCAGCGGCCGGAAGAGGGCUCCCUCGGGCUGGUGGUUGAGAGGGAACGAUACGAGGACGAAGUGGACGGCCUCCGGUACUUAUGGAUUGCAAAUAUGUCUGGGUCUGGAAGAAUACAAACUUUGUGAUGCGCAUUUCAGAACACAGAAAAAUCUCUCAUGCAUAGGUAGCAAAAGCUGCCUACUUUUUGUCACCGAAAUGGGGACUAUUAUCAUGCGGAUUCGGCAUUGCGGAAGCUUCUCGAGACCUGUGAUGCUGGAGCUUCCAUACCAGACCUUCUGCGUCAUGCAAAAACUGCAUGACUCUUCCAGACCCAGACACCCUUGCAUUUGAUAGUACUUCGUGGGGUUUGACUUUUUGAAGCACGAGAAGAACCUGGAGGCGUUGAAAAUCGACGAAAUUCUGUGGGAGCGGUUCUUUAACUGCCGCAGCCUGAAGGAAGACCUGGCACCGGUCGUAAAGUAUCCUGUGUAAAAACGGAGCCGCCCACGCGUCGACCUCAGAUUCAUCAAGAUGGGAACUUUGCAAGACAACUCCUGAUCAUAACUUUUGGGAGUUACGCAUGACAAGUUCUUUGGCUCUGCAGUUGCGUAGUCCGCUGGCUAGCUAGUCCAGAUGCAUUUUACCAAUCCAAUCUUUCUUAUCCUGAUUAGCGCAUGACAGAUUCCCAAAACAAAGCCAUAGAGAAAAUGCCUCUCAUGUUGGACAGCCGCAUGAGAAACAUCUCUAGCAUGCGCGUUUGCAUGACAUCUAAUCUGACAUCUCCGGGUAGGUGAUCACGUUUUUUCGCAGGAUAUACAGGCCUUUUUGUCCAGCGAGGAGUGUGCGAAAAACGACCCGCGGGCCACGGACUUCCAAAACGUGUUUAGCUGGUUUAGCGAUAAUACUACUUCUACAGCUGCCCCGCACGCGUCCGCAACAGCAAACACAGGGAAGAAAAUGAAAGAAGCCACGGACAGCAGUCAGGAGCCGAAAUUUCCCGUGAAUCAGAAAAUUUUCUCAGUCCCGAAGCCGUUUCUUCUGGCCGACUUUCUAAGGGAAAAUCGACAAAGAUUGCAAGCGGGAGAGUCCUUGCCGCUGUUUGGCGGAAUAGUACCACGCGGCGCAACAGAUAAGGAUGGUUCGACAGAAGCAAAUCGUAGUGCUGAAGAUGAUUCCGCAGCGGCCCACGAUAAAAGCGAUCAUCCAGACAAGGAAUUCAACAUCAAAAUCGGGUUGCCGGCAACGAUUGACUUACCAAAGAACGGCGUGGAGACGCUGGUGUUUCAAAUUGAGGGCGAAACCCGACUGACGCAGGUGGGGGAUGGGGGAGGCGACGGCGUCGGGGGAACAGAAGUAGUAGACGCGAUUACUUUAAAAGCUGGCGAGUGCGUAGUUUUGCCCGGUUGUAGCAGUGAUGGCGCUGGUAGCCGUUGCUUCGCGUGUGAAACCGAUCGAGAAACCAGCGUGGCACUACUUGUGCAGCAGUAUCCAAGAAAGAACGCAGAAUUCUACGGGUAUUAGAGGCUGCGGAUUGGAGGUGGGGAGCGAUGAAGUGAUGAUGAGAAGAUCUAAUCUGAAGCAUUUUCUGACUUUUUGUACUUUUGAGGAAGAGAAGGACUGUCACAGUGUGACGACAAAAAGAAAAACGAAGAUGGAGAAACCAAAAAACAAAAAAAUAGUACUCGUCAUCUCCGAAUGCCAGCAAGCAUGUUGAU